CAAGUCCGGACGGCCGGGGGAAAAGCAGAACAGGAGGGGCGUGUAAAAUUUACACCUUCUGAGAGAAAUGACGUUACUUUCAUCGCCCCAGUCUUGGAUGUUGCAAAAUAACGGAGAUUUCCACGUGCAGAAAAAUAAGCCUUCCGGAUGUCGGGGGGAGGGGAGAUAGCUCCACCCCAUGAAAUACAUGACUCCUCCCCUCUUCCUCCGCUCUCCCUGUUUGGUGGGCCCCGGGAGGCGGGGCGGGGCGAGCAGGCCACGCCCACUCGGGGGUCAGCAGGCGCCGCCGCAGUAGCUGGUGUCGAACUGCGGGGAAGGAAGAGGCUGCUACGAGCGUAGGGACCGAGCUGGCAGCUGGUUGGAUCUUGGACUUCGGCCGCGGCGGGAGGUCCCUCCACGUGCCUUCCGCGGCGACAUGGAGCUGGAGGAGUCGGGCUUUAGAGAGGCAUGCGGCGUGUUCGGGUGCAUCGCUUCUGGAGAGUGGCCCACGCAGCUAGAUGUGCCGUAUGUGAUCAAUCUAGGACUCGUGGGGCUGCAGCACCGGGGUCAAGAGAGUGCUGGUAUUGUGACCAGUGAUGGGAGUUCAGUGCCAGCGUUCAAAAUGCAUAAGGGAAUGGGUCUUGUAAAUCAUGUUUUUACUGAAGACAAUUUGAAGAAAUUAUAUGUUUCAAAUCUUGGAAUUGGACACACAAGAUAUGCCACUACAGGAAGAUGUGAAUUAGAGAAUUGCCAGCCCUUUGUUGUAGAAACACUCCAUGGGAAAAUAGCUGUGGCACAUAAUGGUGAAUUGGUAAAUGCUCCUCGGUUAAGGAAAAAGCUUCUGCGUCAUGGUAUUGGUCUGUCAACAAGCUCUGAUAGUGAAAUGAUUACCCAGCUCCUGGCGUAUACCCCUCCUCAGGAGCAAGAUGACACCCCAGACUGGGUAGCAAGGAUUAAAAACUUAAUGAAGGAGGCACCCACAGCGUACUCCCUGCUUAUAAUGUACAGAGAUGUUAUAUACGCAGUACGGGACCCUUAUGGAAUUCGGCCUCUGUGCAUUGGUCGUCUUAUUCCAGGUUCUGAUAUAAAUGACAAAGAGAAAAAAACAUCAGAAACAGAAGGAUGGGUAGUGUCUUCAGAAUCUUGUAGCUUUCUAUCUAUCGGUGCAAUAUACUACCGUGAAAUCUUACCUGGGGAAAUUGUGGAAAUAUCCAGACAUGGUGUCCAAAUUCUUGAUACCGUAUCAAGGUCUGAAGGAAACCCAGUGGCUUUUUGUAUCUUUGAAUAUGUUUAUUUUGCAAGACCAGAUAGUAUGUUUGAAGACCAAAUGGUUUAUACAGUGAGAUACCGCUGCGGUCAGCAACUGGCAAUCGAAGCACCUGUGGAUGCAGAUUUGGUUAGCACUGUUCCAGAAUCUGCCACACCUGCUGCUCUUGGUUAUGCAAAAAAGAGUGGACUUCCAUAUGUGGAAGUGCUAUGUAAAAACCGGUAUGUAGGAAGAACCUUCAUUCAGCCAAACAUGAGAUUAAGACAACUUGGUGUUGCAAAAAAGUUUGGAGUGUUGUCAGACAACUUUAAAGGCAAAAGAAUUGUUCUUAUAGAUGAUUCAAUUGUGAGAGGCAAUACCAUUUCACCCAUAAUAAAAUUGCUCAAAGAAUCUGGUGCAAAAGAGGUACACAUUCGAGUAGCUUCACCACCAGUCAGAUAUCCAUGCUUCAUGGGAAUAAACAUUCCCACAAAAGAAGAGCUCAUUGCCAAUAAACCAGAAUUUGGUCAUCUUGCAGAAUAUCUUGGAGCAAGCAGUGUUGUGUAUCUGUCAGUAGAAGGACUGGUUUCAUCUGUACAAGAAGAGAUAAUAUUAAAAAAACAAAAAGUGAAAAGGAAUGAUAUUAUGAUUCAGCAAAACGGAAAUGGUCUGGAAUGUUUUGAAAAUAAUGGUCAUUGUACAGCUUGUCUCACUGGAAAAUACCCUGUAGAACUGGAAUGGUAACUGGUAGGGGCAGAUAAUGUUGGCUUCAAGAUAGAAAGUUGGUCAAGAAAUGGUUACAUAUUAUCUAUUAACUCAGUACAUGAAACAAAAUGCCACAUGCUUACGUUUACCUUUAUAAUUUUGAGAUUUUUUUUCUGAAAAGGGUACCAAAUACUAUAAUUGAACCUUGCUCAUUAUAUAUAAUACACCAUAUAUAUAUAUUUUAAUUACAUUGGCUAGCCUUUUUCAUUCAGUCAGAGAAGGCAGAUGUAAGUGCUAUUUGCCACAUAAAUGGAUUAGAUUAUGAGGUUAGAGCCAGCUAGGAGGUGUGAUGCAAAAAAGAUAGGUUGAGUUAAUAAAACAUUUCAGACAAACUUGGAAUUGAUUCAGCCCACAUGUGUCUAGUCUCUAUCUUUCAGGCUGUAGUUUUGACCUUGUCUUCCCUGUCUAUCCUCAACUUAUUUUUAGUGGUACUAAGAAUUGAACCCACCGAUUGCUGAACUAAAUCCCCAAUCCCCCUCCCCCCAUUUUAAGGCAGAGUCUCCCUGAGCUUCCCAGGCUGGCCUCCCUUAAACUUGUGAUAUUCCUGCCUCAGCCUCCCUACUAACUGGGAUUAUAAGCAUGUUUCUGAAAAUUAAGAUAACUCUUAAGAUGUUUUUUGAGGGGGUACUGGGGAUCAAACUCAAGAUCUUGUGCUUGCAAGGCAGGUGCAGUGCCACUGAGCUAAAUCCCCAGCCCAAGAUUUUUUUUUAAAUGUAACUCUUCAAAAGAAGAGAAACAUCUUUUUGUGCCACAGUAUACUCAUCUAUGCAGUGAGGUACUGACAGUAAUUAACAAUAGAAAUGUGAAAGUGUCAUACACCUCUAAAUUUUGAGACGGUGCAUGAUAGCUUUUUUGAAAUGAGUUUGUAAUUGAAACUUCUUUGUGAUGAAGGGAGAUGUAGAGUUCAGCAGAUCCUUGUCAUGUGUUCUUGCGAUGCCCCAAGAAUGGUUAUAAAAAUUAAGUCUGGGGGCCAGGGAUUUAGCUCAGUGGUUUCGCCGCCUGCUACGCAAGCACAAAGCCCCGAGUUUGAUCCCCAGUACCAAAAAAAAAAAAAUUAAGUCUGGUCAUGUUUUUCCUACAUUUGACUAGAAAAAUGUGACCUAAAAUAUUUACAAGUCCAGUAAGAAACUUAAUACAUUUGAAAUAAAAACAUUUUUUAAAAAUUCCAGCAAACCCAUUAUCCUUAAAGUGCUUGAUCAUUGGAAUCAUAAAUCCUUGUAUAUGUAUAUAUGUAUAUACACAUACUUAUGAUUGAGAUUAAGUGAUCAAAUAAAACAGUAGAGGCCAAUUUUGUUUGAGGAUUAAGGAGACAAUUACUUCUUCAGAGUAAGAAUGGCCUUAUCCAAGUAUCAACUUAAAAUUACCUUUUUCCACUUUGUUUUACUAGGAGUUAAUGAAUUUUUUUAAGUUUUUUGUUUGUUUUGUUUGUGUUUUUUGUAUUUCAGAUUUAGUAGAUAGGGAUGCUUUGCCUACAAACUCUUGUUUCUGUAAGACUUUUUAAGCUUAAAAGUGUUUGUUUAUAUGUCAUGCUACCACAACUUGAUGUAUAUAAUAUGCAAAUCCAUUUAGAAAUUUACUAUUUAUUAAUUGAAAUCAUUCAUCUGAUUUUGGUAUGUAGUCUCAUGGUUAUAUUAGUGGCAGGUCAAGAUAAAAUGUUGGUAGUUCUUUAAGAUCAUGUGCAGCAGUGGCUCAGAUGACCCUAUGGCAGCAGCACUGGCAAAUUGGCAUUUCAAAGCCCUGGGACCAUUUCAGCAUGUGUAGCCUCUUGUCUUAAACGUAUUCCCCAUGGCAUGGAGGAGGUAAGACCUGUGGGUCAAUUUGAAAUGGCCUUACUUACAUUUGACUUUUUAAAAACAAGAGACUCAGGGAAAGUACUAAACCAAAAUAUCUGAUUUGAACUUUAUGUUUUCCUUAGUUUUUAUUUUGUUUUAUCGGGAUGCUUUUGUAAAAGAAAAUGCUCUUAUGGUUUGAUAAUUCUACACAUUUAAUAUUUCUCUGUCAUGGUCUUUCACUUCACAAACUUCUGAAGUCUGCAUUAUUAAGUUAUAUAUUUUUUUUUUACCAAUUUAGUUUGAAGUGUUUAACUGCUUUAAAUUUAUACGAGUAUUAUAAACUGCAGAGAAAAUGAAAUGUGUUUUCACAGGACCUAUAUUGUGAAUUAAAGUAAGCUUACUUUUUUGUGACCUCUUUGUGAUCUCUUGGUGACAAAUAUAUGUAAUAAGUAUGUUUA